GUUCGAUUAUCGGAGCUCACCACGCUACAUUGUCAUCGUUGGUCCACCAUGCAGUUCAAGUUCUUGUUCAUCGUCGCCGCUGCGACCGCCGUCCUCGCAGCGCCCCUCCUCAUGAUUCCUGAUCUCGGGCUCGCUGCUAUUGCAGAUGACUGGCCAAUGAACUCCCUCAAUCAAAUUCGGAUAGCAGCCAUUCACUUUAACAAGACCGUGGCGGAGUGGAACGGCGGGUAUCUCGGCGCCAUCUCUAUCGUCAUGCAGUCACGCGAGCUCGUCAAUACAAUUGGAGCUGCUAGCGCAAGCAUUGCGCCGUCCAUCGUUGCCAGAACAUCCAACGCCAUAUCUCUUGACCAAGACGCACUCGAAAUCGCGCUGCACCUUGUCAGGGACGUUGGCUCGGCGAUCGACACCGCCAUUGACGCCAAACCGAAGCAUGACGCACUUCCAACACUAAGCAAACCUAUCGUUGUGAACAUUUUUAAGAAUCUACGGACUGCAGCAUCUGAAUUGGGCGGGGUAUUGGGCCCUUUGACCACGGGCGAGCGAGUAGGAGAAGCCCACACGAUUGUUAAACAGAUUGAUGACCACUUGGUAAGGGGCCUUGCGGUCUACGCAUAGAGGAUCUGCUUUGGGAUUGGAAUAAAUAAAAGUACUACUGCCAAAAUGGCGAUUGAGAGUGUCAUAAUGUGGUUGUAUCAGGAUGUAGACGACCUGAUGAAUUUAUCGCUGUAUUUGCAAACAUC